AUGUGUGCAGCAGCCAACUAUGUCCUCCCACUGAGGAGACACAGUGAGGUGGGUGACUGAGGUGGCAUCAUGUCAUGAAACAGACCAUUGAGACAACAUUGUGUGGUGGUUAUGUGUUUGCUGGGCAUUGAACUCUUUCCUGUGAAAGACAGAGGCAAGAAAUUGUUGUUUUAUUCAUUAAAACACACAAACCUACAUAUGAUUUGGUGACCAAUUGUGUUCAACUAUUUGAAGAAGCAAGUACCAGAAAGUAUCUAUCGUUACAUUGCUUAUGUUGUAAGUGUAAAUACUGUCAAAAUAGGGUUUUAAAAUAAAGCAUAACAUUUACUUAAGUCAAAGAUAUCUAAGAUUUCCAGCAUUUAUCAAUUCAUUCUCCAGGGCUUGGCGAAUCUGGGCAGGCUGUGUGGGGGGGUGUCGAUGCCCGCCCAUGCCCCUGAAGCCCGGUCACGUGGAGCCCCCCACGACCCAGAGAUGGACCUGGCCUGGCGGGAACUGAUGGCCAUCACAGAGCUUCAGGUAGGAGGAUGAGUAUUCAAUAGCCUGAUAAUUAUGUAACCAUAUAGCUCAAAUGUGAUUUGAGUUUGAUUAAGAGCCUCUCUCACCUGGCCAGAAGUCCCCUAUGUAGCCAUAGUUAUAUUGAAAAACUAUAGAUAUUGUUUUUAAUGAUAUCCUUACAGUGUGAGAUGCAAUUUCAUACUGUUGGCCUCUCUUAGGAAAACACUACCAUGGCGGUGAAUUAGGCAACCACAAACAGACAGACAGAAAAGAGAAAAUUACACAAUCCUGCAAACCAACCACAGCAGUGUCAAGUUUAUGUACACUACCGGUCAAAAGUUCUAGAAGACCUACUCAUUCAAGGGUUUUUCUUUAUUUUUACAUUGUAUAAUAAUAGUGAAGACAUCAACACUAUGAAAUAACACAUGUAGUAACCAAAAAAGUGUUAAACAAAUCAAAAUAUGUUUUAUAUUUGAAAUUCUUCAAAUAGCCACCCUUUGCCUUGAUGACAGCUUUGCACACUCUUGGCAUUCUCUCAACAAGCUUCAUGAGGUAGUCACCUGGAAUGCAUUUCAAUUAACAGGUGUGCAUUCUUAAAAAUUAAUUUGUGGAAUUUAUUUCCUUCUUAAUGCGUUUGAGCCUAUCAGUUGUGUUGUGAUAGGGGUGGGGGUGGUAUACAGAAGAUAGCCCUAUUUGGUAAAAGACCAAGUCCAUAUUAUGGCAAGAACAGCUCAAAUAAGCAAAGAUAAACAUUCCUUUAAGACAUGAAGGUCAGUCAAUACGGAAAAUGUCAAGAACUUUCAAAGUUUCUUCAAGUGCAGUCCCAAAAACCAUAAAUCGCUAUGAUGAAACUGGCUCAUGAGGACCGCCACAGGAGUGGAAGACCCAGAGUUACCUCUGCUGCAGAGGAUAAGUUCAUUAGAGUUACCAGCCUCAGAAUUUGCAGCCCAAAUAUAUGCUUCCCAGAGUUCAAGUAACAGACACAUCUCAACAUCAACUGUUCAGAGGAGACUGUGUCAAAUAUAACAUAUAUUUUGAUUUGUUUAACACUUUUUUGGUUACUACAUGAUUCCAUAUGCGUUAUUUCAUAGUUUUGAUAUCUUCACCAUUAUUCUACAAUGUAGAAAAUAGUUUGAAAAAAUUAAGAAAAACCCUUGAAUGAGUAGGUGUUCUAAAACUUUUGACCGGUAGUGUAUAUACAUUUAAUCUAAGGAAAUGCUGAGUAUUCCCACCUAAAAAGUAACACACACUCAAGUAACACACACUCGACAAUGGGCCAAUUGAGUGAUGGCAGGAUAAAGAGAUAGGGAGGAAAGCACAGCACUGUACAUUGCAAGCAGCCCCCUGCACAGCACAAUGACCACCUGUUUCCACAUGAAACUUGAUAACACACGUAAGAGAGACCUGCAUGGGCGGCAUGAGCUAUGGAUGUAUACCAAGGUGGGGGUGAACUGUGUGCUAUGGCCAGCAGGUGACUUAUGGAUACGAUAGCCUGGCCCCUCACUUUUCUUUUAAAGCCUGGCCCCCCACACCACACUACCUAUCAGUUUCAUUUCUCACACUCAUUCCCAGUGGUGGACAAAGUACCCAAUUGUCAUACUUGAGUAAAAGUAAAGAUACCUUAAUAGAAAAUUACUCAAGUAAAAUUGAAAGUCACGCAGUAAAAUACUACUUGAGUAAAAGUCUAAAAGUAUUUGGGUUUAAAUAUACUUAAGUAUGAAAAGUAAAUAUAAUUGCUAAAAAUAUACUUAAGUAUUAAAAGUAAAAGUAUAAAUAAUUUCUAAUUCCCUAUAUUAAGCAAACCAGACGGCACAAUUUUCUUGUUUUUUUAUUUACGGAUAGCCAGGGGCACACUCCAACACUCAUACAUAAUUUCCAAACGAAGCAUUUGUGUUUAGUGAGUCUGCCAGAUCAGAGGCAGUAGGGAUGACAGGGAUGUUCUCUUGAUAAGUGUGUGAAUUUAACCAUUUUCCUGUCCUGCUAGCCAUUCAAAAUGUAAUGAGUACUUUUGGGUGUCAUUGAAAAUGUAUGGAGUAAAAAGUACAUUAUUAUCUUUAGGAAUGUAGUGAAGUAAAAGUAAAGAUUGUCAAAAAUAUAAAUAGUAAAGAUACUCCAAAAAAUGACUUAAGUAGUACUUUAAAGUAUUUUUACUUAAAUACUUUACACCACUGCUCAUUCCCCAUAGAUGAGUUAUUAAUUAUCCUAUGAAAUGGUAUUUUGCAUGUUCACAAAUACACAUAGCAGUUUAAAAGUCAAUGAUAAACAUGUAGAAUUGUUUUGUUUUAAAGUAACAUAUUGUAAUGAUAAACUGUAAUGAUUAGACAAAGCAUCAACUCAUGAAUCUUACUUUGUUUUAGGAGUUUGAGGUCCCCCAUGAAGGCCCAUAUGAAACUAUUCUGUACCAUCCCACAGAGCCGCCUCUCUCUCUGGGAGGUUAUAGCAUGGCUCAGUCUCACUCUCAUACAGAGCCUCUCCCCUGUGGUGGUGAGACAAACCCUGAUAUUGCUUAUGAGGGAACCUACUCUGAAGUAAUGCCAGCCUGCCAACAUCAGGCCACCAGUGAAUUAACUGAGACACUGUACAGACAUCCUGGAACUCAUUCUGGAACCCAGCUGAAUCCCAGAGUUCUGAACCCUCUGCUGCCACCGCUGAUGAGUUUUCUAGAACAUAUGAGUCUGACAAGUGUCGCUGGUGAGGGGCCUGUUGGAAAAGACAAUGCUGGCCUCUCUCAGGGUCCGAGUCGGCACAUGCUAGGGACUGAUCAUGGGCAGAGCAAACAUCCACCACGCACUGUAGACGAUCUGGAGUCGGACUCUGGCCUAUCUCUGGGAUCUAGCCCAUCGCUGGCCUCACCAGAUGAUGUCAUGACCGGCGUACCUGCUUGUUCAAGCACAGAGGUUGGUCUGAACUAUAAUCACAGGGGGACGGAGAGUAUGGGUGAGCAAGGUAGGAGAGCUAGCCUCCUUUACUCCAUGGACUAUCAGCAGCAUCCUACCCAGCCCUACUCGGGGCCGCACCCCUCUUACUUCCCUGUAACACAACCAUCCCAAAUGCAACCACAGCCUCACUUCCUGCUUCCCAUGUCAAUUAAACAUCAACAGGGUUUACCGAGUGCAUUGAAUGACUUGAACCUUAACAGCUCUGCCAGCAGAGGGAGCUCUUCUCAGGCGUUCUAUGUAAAACCCAGAGGCAACCCUCCUCCUGUUCCUCUGAGCCGGGAUGAACGCAAAGCUCACGCCCUCAAGAUCCCUUUCCCUAUGGAGAAGAUCAUCAACCUACCCGUGGAUGACUUCAAUGAGCUCCUGACCAAGUACACACUCACGGACGCCCAGCUCGCCCUCGUCAGGGACAUCCGCCGGCGGGGGAAGAACAAGGUGGCGGCUCAGAACUGCAGGAAGAGGAAGCUGGAGAAUAUAGUUUACCUGGAGGGAGAGCUGGGUCAGCUGCAGGCCCAGAGGGAUCACCUGGCCAGAGAGAGGAUGGAGUUCCAACACAACUUGGCUAUUGUUAAAAACCGCCUCACAGACUUGUAUGCUGAAGUGUUCUCUCAGCUCCGGGAUGAGGAUGGACAUCCCUACUCCAUAGAUGACUACUCUCUACAGCAGACCCCUGAUGGGAACGUAUACUUGGUGCCACGUAGUGACGUGUUGGAUGGAGAAUAA